CAACCAUACAUCUUCUAAAUAUUUAUUUUGUGCUUUGUGUAAAUGUGCUGAUCAACAAUAUUUUUUCCGAUAAAACAUUGCUGUCAAUUUAUAUUAAAAAAUGUGAACUCCAAAUGACAAAAAAAUGAAAACAUUAUUGACUGAUUAGUUUUCUUAUGGGUUCGACUUGGUAGUUUUAUUUACUAUUUUUAACCGUCUUCCUCCAAAUUUUUUACUAUCGGAUAUAGGCAUCAUUGCUCAGACUGUGUAGGCUUUCACGGCUGGUCAAAGUAAAUGUAGCGAAGUUUCCCGGGCUUAAAAGCCGUGAUCAAUUGGAAUUACUUUCUGAUGUUUUGUAAUUUCGGUGAACAUUAUCAAAAGUAAUGAGGUAACGGUAGAACCUCAUAAAACUUGUAUGAUUAAUGCUGUAGAAAUAGGUUGCUAUGCAACUAGUGUAUUGCAACCAUUUCAACUUCAAAUCAUGCAAAGGGAAGAUUCUUCGAAGGAUAGUUAUUCGUUUAAAAUAGUUAAUAAUGAGGAAGACGAAUUCCAAUAUGAGGAAGGUAUUUCUGCUGAAAAUUCAAGAGAAAUACACAGUCCUGUUGCAUCAUAUCAACAGAAGUACCCUAAAGAUUUUCUUCACAAUAGCUCAGGUGUUAAUUUAGAUGACAGUGAUUCUGACGACGAAGUUCUUAUAAGAGAACCUUCAGCAAAUCCACGAAGAUUUAACUCAAGGUUACAAAAAGAAGAACCGCAGAAAAAUGCAAAUAGUGGCGGCACGUCUUUUGAAGAAAGAAACAUUAUUAAUCUGCCCCCUAACGAUCAAUCGACAAUUGAAGGAACGUUUACUGAUUCUGACAGUGAAAGUGAAAACUUGGCCAGACUAGAUAAGAAACCCAUUCCUGGUCAGUAUGAUCCUCAAACUUACGAAUACUUGGAAGUCAAUUCCGAAAUUAAAGAGCUAUUUCAGUACAUUACUAAGUAUAGUCCGCAACAGUUAAAUCUAGAUUGUAAGCUAAAGCCUUUUAUUCCCGAAUAUAUUCCUGCUGUUGGUGAUAUUGAUGCAUUUUUAAAAGUAAUUCCUCCCGAAAAGUAUAUAAGUGGGGAACCGUUUGAUUCAAGCGAGUUUCAAUUAGGCCUUGCAGUACUUGACGAACCAUCAAUCAAUCAAAGCGAUCAAGCCUUAUUGCAUCUUCAGCUCAGAGCAAGUACAUUUGAUGUAGGACAAAAUGAUGAAACAGUGGUAGUUAAAACUAUCGAUCGUGUAGGUCGCAAUUUAAAAACGAUUGAUAAAUGGGUAAAAGACGUAAUCGAUCUCCACAAAAGUAAAUCUGCACCAGUAGUGCGAUAUUCCAGACCAAUGCCAGAUUUAGACGAUCUUAUGCAGGAAUGGCCCGAAGAAAUAGAAAGUUUGUUAAAAAUUCACGGAUUUCCAAGUUCUAAACUCGAUUGCUCUUUAAGCAGUUACAUUGAUGUUAUCUGUUCUAUUUUGGACAUUCCUGUACACCAAAACAAAAUAGAAUCUUUGCAUUUAUUAUUUUGUCUUUACGCAGCAAUAAAAAAUUCUCAGUUUUACAAAAGCACGAGCAAUAAUGAUGAUAUGAAGGCAUCUACUACAAAUCAACCAGAUCAACUUUUACUAGAAUAGCAAUUAUUUUUAUGU